UACACGACGGCCACUAGAGUUCAAAGAAGUCUCAUCACUUGCAAGACAACAAGAGACUUGUAUACAGUAGAACGGAGAAUCGAUCAAAUAAAUAAUUGACAUUAAAAUAAGUAAGUGAUUAGAUAGAGAGAAAGAUUAUUAAAGAGAAGGAAUAAAGUGUAAAAAAGAGCAUUGAACUAAGUAAAAGAGAGAGGACGAAGCCUCAGGUCUUACAACGGGGUCACUACCCUUCGGCCAGUGGCAAGGUCAACUGCAAGAUCGUUCAUCCGGCGAUCGACGCGAACGAGAAAACACGAAUAUUACUCUUUCAUGUGAUAAUUGUGAGUCUAACAGUAAUGUAUUCAUAAUUCGGAUGUUGAAGAAAUUUUUUAACUAAAAAUUUAACAUCGAAGUGAAAAAUGAAGAUACUAUUUGGUUGGCUGCCAAUUUUGGCGACCAUACUAAUAAAUUUGCAAUGGGCUUCUUCUAUUCCUGUCUCAAAAGAUGAAAUGACAAUUAGCAGUAAAGGACGACUCGUAUCGAGGUAUAUAACUGUAACUGACCCACAAAAAAGGAUAUAUUCAUCAAAAACCCAACCACCAUCACCAAUCCAUUUCUUUAGUCCUGACAAAAUUUACUACUAUACUCAUGACAUUAACGGCGGAAUGGUAGUAAAAGAAAUGACCGAAAAAGAGAUUCAGAGCUUGAUCGCAGCAGGAAGCGGAAAUUUGCCUGUACCAGUGCAAGAAUCAUCGAAGGUUGAAGAACUUCAGCCCGGAGGAACAAAGGUGUCAGACGUUGUUACGAAUGUUAAAAAAGUCGUGGGAUCUGAAUUGUCAAAGCCAACACCAACGAUAACAGCAAUUCCAACUAUUCCAGGUCAUGCAAAUUCAGAAUGGAGUAACAUUUUACCCUCAAUUCUUUCUGGAGAAUCAGAUUCCGGAGCUUCAAGUCAACCUAUCUCUCAACCACAAGAAUCUGCAAAGCCAAGCGUUGUAAAAUACCCAGAUGUUUAUCCAAGUUCGUAUCAGGAACCUGAUGAGAAACCAAUGAUUCCAGUUCCAAUGAUUACAGUCGAGAAGCCUAACCAUCAUGAAAAAGAAAAAGAUGGAAAACCUGUUUAUGAAAUAUUAAACACUAUUCCAGCAGAAAAGGCCGGUACUACAAGUGUCAAUCAAUCUGCUGUUGAUCAAGAUCAAGUUGCUGGUGCUUCCGAAGCUGUAAAACCUGUGCUAGUUACAUCAUCAACAAGUAAACCUGAAUCAUUGAAUAAUGAUAAAAAUUAUUAUAACAUCCUCCAUACAGCUGUUAGCCCUGAAGAUACCUCUAAUGGAGAGAAUAAAAAAGAUACUGUUAGUGUAAUUGCAGAAUCAUCCUCAACAUCUGUAAAGAUUUCCGGACAGGAUGAAAUUAAAAUCCAUCAAGAAGAAAUAUUAAAGCCAAUGCCAGUAGUUUCUAGUACUACGCAAAAGACAGAAGAUUUGUCCAAAACAGAUAGCACUGUGAUAGAAGAAACUGAAGUCACAAUCGAUCCUACAGAAAUUCCAAUGAUUGAAAUUCUUACAGAAAAAUUAACUGAAGCUCCACUGUUGGAUAAAACCGAAUUCACGACAAUCUCAGGACCUAUUAUUGAAUUGGCUCAAGAAAGCUCCAGCUCUGAAAUUAAUCCUUCAUCAAGCUAUGAUAAAGAUAAUUCAAAUAAUUCGUUAACUCCUUCAAGUUCCGAAUCAUCAGUUGAUUUAAUUAUUAAUGGUGAAAGUGAUAUUAUUAAAAACAUUGCAUCAACAUUAUCCAAUCCUUCACAAAUUCCGGUUGAGAUUAUUGAUAUGAAUAUUUCAACACCACCUCAUAUAACUCUCGAUACUCAUAUAGAUGCUUCAACAAGUGAUUUUAAUCUCAUUACAUCAACUGAACAAUCUCAAGAGAAGGUGGAAAAUUCUGAACAACUUUAUUCAGAGAUUCCUGCUCUAAAACCAGUAAUUCAAUUGACCGAGAAAAAAGAAAAUAUAUCUGGAAUUACGACUGAAUCUUCAAUUAAAACCGAAUCAAUAUCUCAGGAACUCACAGACUCAUUAUCUAGUAUGCUUAACCAAGUAUCUGAAGCUAUGCCAUCAAGGAUUCCAUCUGGAGAAGAUCAGAAAUCCAGAAAUCCAGAUGCUGACAAAACAAAAAUAGAGCCAGUUGAUACUGAGCUUGAAAGUAAAGAGUCGGUUGAGUCUAAUGAAUUUAAAGUAGAAGAUCUGAUAACAACAGAGAUUCCAUUAAGUACUAUUUAUAAUGAACUUUUAUCUGCAACAAAUUCUCCAAAUAUCGAAGAAAAAAGUACAGAGUUUAAUUAUCUUAAUGAAACUACAACUCAAGCUAUAAUGACAGAGCCUGAAAUGAAUAAAUUCGAAGAAAAAGAUUCAGAAAUAAAUAUUUCAACUGAGUCUCCAACAAUAAUUACCACUGUAUAUCCUGAGAUAGUAGAAUUGAAAGAAUCUUAUUCUGAAAUAACUUUAAGCCCUGAGAUUAUACAAUCAGAAGAAAAAAAGCCAGUCACUGAUAUAAUCAAAGAGACAAAUACCUCAAAUACUCAAGAUAUAAAGGUAAAUAACAAAGACUCAGAAGUAGAUAAUAAAUUAAACGAAGCUACAACUCCAGUUGAUAUUACGAGCACAGAGGGAUUAAUAUUAGAAGUAAAAGAAUCAACAAUUAAUAUGCUUAAUGGAACUUUAUCAAACAAUACAACUUUAAAUACAGUUGAAGAUGUUAAGGUCGAGAAAAUUCCUGAAAUAACUACUUCAAGUGAAUCUUUACUAGAAAUCACAACUCUAAGCUCUGAAAAAACAGUAGAAAAUACUUCAACGUCUGGAUUUAUUGAAGUAAAAACUCCAGAAAUUCCAGAUAAAUCUAGUGAGACAGAUACAUUAAAUGAAUCAUUAGCACCAAAAGCGGAAAAUAAUGAGCCAACAAAUGACAAGAAACCAGUUGAAGUCACUACUGAAUCACCAAUUGUUCGAAUUAAUGUGUCAGAUUCUAAAGAAAAUGAUAAUAUGCAAAAAGACGAGCCUACAAAAAAUACUGAAAAUAUUAAAAAUGUCACAGAGUCAACAAUGGUGAGAAUUAAAUUAACAAAUCCAGUGUCUACGAUAAAUGCUAUGAUUGAGUCAUCAACACUUCAAAAUACUACACCAAUAUACGAAACUUUAACAUUACCACCAACAGAAAAUUUAACUGCUAAUGGAUUAGCAAGUGGUUUAAUAGCAGGAUUUGACGUAGAGUCGAACACAGAUAAGAAAAUUAUCAAAGAAACUGAAGCUCCAAUGCAAACAAUUCAAUUUGAUCAACUUCCAAUUAUUAAUGAUUCAGUAAAGCUUGAAAAUCUUGAUGUAACAACUACUACUGAAAUAACAACAAAAGAAAGCACUACUGAAUUAACUUCGACAACUUCGGUAUCAAUAAAUAAAGAUAUUCUACCUUUAGAGGCAGAAAACAAAGAAAACAUCGCUAUUCUAUCAAUUGAUACACCAAAAAAUACUUCAUCUUAUUUAAAUUCUCCAGAGACUAAUAAAACAGAAAGCACUUCGAAUUUACCUAUAACUUCGACUGAGAGUACUUUGGAAAUGUUAAAUACAUCUACUCCAUUGGCAGAAAAUAAAACAGAUGCUCCAGUAUUUUCUUCUACGAUUAAUGAAAUCGUAAAUACUGAAAACAAAGUUUCAUCUACUGAAGCACCAAUUAUUGUUGUUUUAUCAACGAAAAUACCCCAAGUAAAUGCUAUUGAAAAUGUUAAUUCAACUGCAUCGGAAAUACAAAACAGACCAAAAGAUCAAAAGAAAGAAACGAGCAUGGAGAUUGUAGAGAAAGUAUCAACAUUGUCACCUUCAGCAUUACCUAAAGUUGAAGAAGCUUUUCCAACUUCGACUGAACACACUCAAAUACUCUCGACAACUACAACUCCAAAACCAUCAGACCCAACAAAUUGGAUUCCAGUACCUCAACCAGAUGAACCAGUAAAAAGUCGUAAUGAUUCUUUAAAUAUUUCUAAACCUUCUGGAGAAACAGAAGCUCAGCCACCUGUUGCUUUAGACCAUUCUAAAACUACUCCUGCAUUGGAUACGAGCACUCAAAAUCUUGAACCAGAUAUUGCUUAUUUUUCAAAUCUAUGCAAUGAUUUAGCUUUCACUCUGUGGACUGCAAUUAAUAAUGGUCUCAGUACAUCUAGAUCUCUUGCAGUUUCUCCUUUCGGAAUGACAAGUAUGCUAGCUAUGAUAUUUUUGGGAGCUCGAGGAACGACAUCUAACCAAAUGAAUGAUGUUCUUAAACUUGACGAUGUCAGUUCAUUCAAUCCUCACUUAGUCUUUCAGAAUAUUUCAGACUCAGUAAGCAUUGCCCGAAACCAAGGAAUAGCCAAUGCAGUUUUUGUAAGAGAAUUAUUUGCUGAUAAAAUAAAAGUUCGUAAACUUUUACCGUUUUAUAAAGAACAAGCACAACAAUUUUAUGAUGGAAUUGUUGCUGAAGUUAAUUUUGCAUUUGUAAGUGAUGUAAUUAGAAGAAGAACCAAUUUGAUGGUUCGAAAACAAACUGGAGGAAGAAUUAGAGAUUUCGUAAAAAGUAAUCCACUACCUUUAAGAUCACCAUUAGCAGCUCUAUCUGCUAAUGUUUUUCAGACUGAUUGCAGUUCUAGUGAUGCCACAUCUGAAGGAAGAGACGGAGAACUUUAUUUUGCUGUCUCUCCAGCAGUUAGACAAAGAAAACUUAUUCCAGUGCCAGCGACAUUAUGGAAAGCUGGAGUUCUAGCUGGAUACGAGCCUAAUCUUGAUGCUACAGCGAUUGCUCUUGGGGGUCUUGAUAAAAUUGUUUCCACAAUUUUCAUAGUGCCAGGUCAACCAGGAGCCACUGCUCCAGGAGAUAAUUUGUAUAAAUUAGAACACAGACUAGUCGAGGGUGCCCUACAUGAUGGAACGUGGAAUAAAUUACUGAAAGUUAUAAUUCCAAGACCAGGACUUGAACUACAAAUACCUAAAUUCAGCCACAGAAGUAUCAUUAAUGCUACUUCAGCACUAAAAUCAAUAAGAUUACACGAGUUGUUUGAUAAGCAUGCCGAUCUCAAAGGAAUUAAUGGUAUUGGGCACGAUCUUCAUCUUGCUGAUGUUUUCCAGAUGAAUCUCUUCAGCACAUGCGGAGACGAAAAUAUUUUGAGUGGUAAACACCACGAAGAAAUUUACCCAGCAAGUCCGCAAAGAAAUGCUAGAGUUGAUGAAAAUAAUCUAAAGAAUGAACAAGAUAAAUUCGAAGAUAUUAGAAAUCAUAGUGAUGAUGACGAUGAAGAUAAUAAUCGAUUAGCUAAAUUCUCAAGACAAGUAGAAAACGAAAAACCAAGAUUAAAAUUAGAUAGGCCAUUCCUGUAUGUUGUAAGACAUAAUCCAACAGGAUUAAUUCUUCAUAUGGGACGUUUUAAUCCUCGACUCUUACCGUAAUUUUAAUAUUUCAGUUUAUUAUUAUUAUUUUUUUUAAAUAUUUCCUUUACUCAGUGUUGUAUCAAGAAUGAUAAAAAAAUUAUUUGUAUGAAAAAUACUUAUUUAUUCACGUGUAAUUCAGCUGAAAUAAUUAUCAUUCUUUACUCACUAAUACAUCACGAAAAAAAGGUUAAUAAUUAUUCAAGAUCUUGAUCACUGUCCAAAUGAUUAUUUAAUAAAAUGAAUAUGGAAUUUGGUCUGUGAUCGAAAUCAACAUUAUGAAAUAUGCAAUUGAUGUUAAUCCAAUUAAUUAACGUAAUAACCAAUCGAUAAGUUAACCGUAAAGUAUUAACGAUUAUUUACUAUUAAAUCAUAAACUUAAAAUAAUGAUUUUACUAGUUGAAUGAAUUAUAAAUAAAUGAUUGAGUUUUUUUAUCAUGGUCGAGAAAUGAGCGAGUAUGUGUGUAUAUAAUUAAUUAUUCAAAGUGCUAAUUGUAAGUCAUGUAGAAAA